CGACUUCCGGUAGAGAAAUGACAGGAAGUUGAGCGUGCUGGAAGAAAACAAAUAACGAAAAAUGAAUGCUCCACCGACUUUUGAAUCAUUUCUGCUCUUUGAAGGAGAGAAAAAAAUUACAAUAGAAAAAGAUACAAAGGUACCAAAUGCAGCUCUUUUUACUGUGAAUAAGGAAGAUCAUACAUUAGGCAACAUGAUCACAACACAAUUAUUAAAAGAUCCACAAGUUUUGUUUGCUGGUUAUAAAAAUCCACAUCCCCUGGAACACAAAUUUGUUGUAAGAAUCCAAACUACAGCUGAUUACAGUCCUCAGGAAGCGUUUACGAAUGCUAUUACAGAUUUAAUCAGUGAAAUAUCUCUACUAGAAGAAAGAUUUAAGGAAUCUGUGAAAGAACGAGCAGAAGGAGAAAUUUAGAUAUUUUUGUGAUCAGUGAAACAUCAACUAAUGACAAUCUAUGGCAACCGCUGUUCAAUGACGGAUUUUAAACACAUUAGACACAAGAUAUGAAUCAUAUCUUAUUCUAGGUUUAAAAGAAAUUAAUAUCAAUUUACAUCUAAAGUGUUAAUUGAUGGAAUGUGCACUAGUAAGAUUGAAAACAUGGAAAAUGUAAACAAGUGAAAGAUAACAAGUAAACUGUGUAACACGUCAUGUUCAUAUAUUUGUAUAUAAUGUCAUCAUGUAAAUAGAUAUCAUCGAUAAAUUCA